UCAGAAUGCUAAAUCGCUCGCAAAGGCAUCUUGCAUCAGCCUGUAGAAGUUUCCUCUCAGCCCGGCUUCUUCAUCAAGGGGAAGGGGAAAGGAGUUUAUUUAGUUUCUUUUUGCACAGUGAAUUACAUCUCUGGUCUUUCCUCUCCCCACUCUGGUUCAUCACUUAGGUGCUGGGCUUCCAGUGGCACCGUCCCUGUGUGAAGGAGUUCUUGUCUUGGGGCAGAGGUGGAAGAGCCUGUCCCCACUCACAGCAACUUCCUGUGUUAAUGACAAGAGCAAAACAAGCGGCUUCCACACGGAGACGUUCUGACUGCUCCUCGGGUGUCCAGAAUCUUAUUCAGUCCAAGGCCGGCAGAGACUGCUCAACCACCGCCCCAUCACCUCUAGCUGCUGUAGACUUUUUUGGUGCCAGAAUAACCUGCAGAGAUGAUCGCUCUCCCCAGACCACCCCUGCUGCUGCUUCUCCUGCUGAUCCACAUCCCAAGUGCUGCAAAAGCUCAGGUCAACCCAGGUGUGUGCCGUUACCCCCUGGGCAUGUCAGGUGGCCACAUCCCGGACGAAGACAUCUCUGCCUCCAGCCAGUGGUCUGAAUCCACAGCUGCCAAGUAUGGAAGGCUAGACUCAGAAGAAGGAGAUGGUGCCUGGUGUCCAGAGAUCCCAGUGGAGCCGGAUGACCUCAAGGAGUUCCUCCAGAUUGAUUUGCAUGCCCUGCAUUUUAUCACCCUGGUGGGGACCCAAGGUCGUCAUGCUGGUGGCCACGGCAAUGAGUUUGCACCAAUGUAUAAGAUCAAUUACAGUCGGGAUGGCACACGGUGGAUUUCCUGGAGGAACCGACAUGGGAAGCAGGUGCUGGAUGGAAACACCAACCCUUAUGACAUUGUCCUCAAGGACCUGGAGCCCCCCAUCAUUGCACGCUUUGUCCGCUUCAUCCCAGUCACCGACCACUCCAUGAAUGUCUGUCUGCGGGUGGAGCUGUAUGGCUGCGUGUGGCUGGAUGGGCUAGUUUCCUACAAUGCUCCUGCCGGACAGCAGUUUGUCCUUCCUGGUGGCACAGUCAUUUACCUGAAUGAUUCUGUCUAUGAUGGAGCUUUUGGGUACAGCAUGACAGAAGGACUGGGCCAGCUGACAGAUGGGGUCUCAGGGUUGGAUGACUUCACUGAGACCCAUGAGUACCAUGUAUGGCCUGGCUAUGACUACGUGGGGUGGCGCAAUGAGAGUACCACCAGUGGCUACAUUGAAAUCAUGUUUGAAUUUGACCGGAUCCGGAACUUUACUACCAUGAAGGUGCACUGUAACAAUAUGUUUGCCAAAGGAGUGAAGAUCUUCAAAGAGGUUCAGUGCUAUUUCCGCUCAGAUGCCAAUGAAUGGGAGCCCAAUGCCAUCUCCUCAGUGCUGGUGCUGGAUGACGUCAACCCUAGUGCACGUUUUGUCACCGUGCCUCUGCUCCACCGCAUGGCUAAUGCCAUCAAGUGCCAGUUUUACUUUGCCGACACCUGGAUGAUGUUCAGUGAGAUCACCUUCCAGUCAGACGCGGCAAUGUACAAUAACUCUGGUGUGCCCCCUGAGUCACCCGUGGCUCCAACUACUUAUGACCCAACCCUCAAAGUGGAUGACAGCAACACUCGCAUCCUGAUUGGCUGCCUGGUGGCCAUCAUUUUUAUUCUAGUGGCCAUCAUUGUCAUCAUCCUCUGGAGGCAGUUCUGGCAAAAGAUGCUGGAGAAGGCUUCUCGACGGAUGCUGGAUGAUGAAAUGACAGUCAGCCUCUCCCUGCCCAGCGAAUCCAGUAUGUUCAACCACAACCGCUCCUCCUCAUCCAGUGAACAGGAGUCCAACUCCACCUACGACCGCAUAUUCCCCCUGGGCCCAGAUUACCAGGAGCCUUCACGGCUUAUACGCAAGCUGCCAGAGUUUGCACCAGGAGAUGAGGAGGCAGGCUGCAGUGGUGUUGUCAAACCAGCCCAGGCCAAUGGCCCUGAGGGGGUCCCUCAUUAUGCAGAGGCAGACAUUGUGAACCUGCAGGGAGUGACAGGCAGUAACACCUACUCUGUGCCAGCCAUCACCAUGGACCUGCUCUCAGGCAAGGAUGUGGCUGUUGAGGAGUUCCCUAGGAAACUACUGACUUUCAAGGAGAAGCUUGGAGAAGGCCAGUUUGGGGAGGUUCAUCUCUGUGAGGUGGAAGGGAUGGAAAAGUUCAUGGACAAGGAUUUUGCUUUGGAUGUCAGCUCCAACCAGCCUGUUCUGGUGGCUGUAAAGAUGCUCCGUGCUGAUGCCAACAAGAAUGCCAGGAAUGACUUUCUGAAGGAGAUUAAGAUCAUGUCGAGACUCAAGGACCCCAACAUCAUCCGGCUGCUGGCAGUGUGCAUUGCUGAAGACCCCCUCUGCAUGAUCACUGAGUACAUGGAGAAUGGAGACCUCAACCAGUUCCUGUCCCGCCAUGAGCCCCAGGGCACCCCCACCAGCAAUGCACCCACUGUCAGCUACACCGACUUGAAGUUUAUGGCCACUCAAAUUGCUUCUGGCAUGAAGUAUCUGUCCUCUCUGAACUUUGUUCAUCGGGAUCUGGCCACACGCAACUGCUUGGUGGGCAAGAACUACACUAUCAAGAUAGCGGACUUUGGCAUGAGCCGGAAUCUGUACAGCGGGGACUACUACAGAAUCCAGGGACGGGCAGUGCUUCCUAUUCGCUGGAUGUCCUGGGAGAGCAUUUUAUUGGGCAAAUUCACGACAGCCAGUGAUGUGUGGGCAUUUGGCGUGACACUAUGGGAGACUUUCACUUUUUGCCGAGAGCAGCCUUAUUCUCAGCUGUCAGAUGAACAGGUCAUCGAGAAUACAGGAGAGUUCUUCAGGGAUCAAGGGCGGCAGACAUACCUUCCCCAGCCUGCUCUUUGCCCAGAUCCUGUCUAUAAGCUAAUGCUCAGCUGCUGGAGACGAGACACUAAAGAUCGUCCUUCCUUCCAGGAAAUCCAUCGCCUACUCCAAACAUCAACCAGUGAAGAGUGAUGCUUUGCUUCCCCCACCCAUCCUGGUGGUCCCUGUCUCACCCCCAGAAGACACUCUCCCCCCCACCUCCGCCCCCCCCCCCCACAUACACACUCACAAAAACUGAAGCCACUUCACUUGGACUUGCAAUAAAUCAUUGGCAGUUGGGCAUGUCCUUGUACAUUAAACAGCAGUAAGAGUGGGGAAAAGAAGUAAGAAGAAACCAAGGCUACAUCAGAUUUAAAUCUCUAGCUCAUUCACUAAACCAAACUCUGGAAUAAGGCUGAGAAAAAGGUUAUAUAUGAACACAAUGUUUUCUUGUGUAUCAAUGGAUUUAAGGAAACAAGGUUUGAUCUGUCCAUUUUGGAAAGGAAAAAUGUGAGAUAUACCUCCCCAUGAGGAAGCUUGUGGUACAGAGAGGAAGUGCUGGGAAUACACCAGUAGGAAGGAACUUGCUUCAGGAAUUCACCUGGGAAAAGGAAGGGAUUUGGCACAGGGAAUGCAGGUAGGGAAUGCAAUACUGAUGCACACCAUGGUGCAGGAGUUGCCAGUAGAUCAGAGUGGACUGUGCAGUUAUUUAGUGGAAAAUGGAAUGACUGGGGCUUCAAACAAGCUGAAUGAACUGAAUAUUUGCCCUGGUAGAAAUUCUCACUUGGUUUCAGCCAGUUAGGAAGCAGGAAGCCCAGACACGUGCUAUUGGGCAGGAAGGUGCAUUCUGCUUGGUAGGUGAUCAUUGCCACUGUGAUGGGGGCAUUAAAUUGCAUGCUGUGGUUCUCCUACAUCUGCUGCAGAAGCAAUAAGGCAUGAAAAACAACUGGCCUAGAGGCAGCAGAAGUACCGUCCUGGCACCAAUCUAUAUCUUCUCCAGAGCUACUCAGCCCAUCCUCCAUCUUCAAGGCUCAUAGGAUCAUAGGAAAGUAGAGCUAGAAGUGGCCUCAUGAGUGUUCUGAUGAUAGGGAUAUCCUAGAACAACCAGAUGAGGUUAGGUCUCCAAAAUCAGUGUUAUAGGGACAUGUUAGAAGGCACAUUUUAUGUCAAGUGGUAAUGUCCCUGAACAUCCCCAGUCCACCUUCUUCAUCUGUAAUGAAAAAAGGAACAUAGUUUUGCUCUUGCUAACAUGGAGGGUUUUUGUUAGCACCCACUUCUCUCUUCAGCACCCACAGCUAACAUCAUCAUAACGUUCUAAGGCUCAAUCUACACUUCUGGUGUAAGCUUGCAGGAUUCAGAGCUUGACGUAAUUAGGGCAAGUGUGGUAUUGGUUGUUGCAUCCACAAGAAUGGAUUAUAGUUUGGGCAGGCUGUUAUGCACCUGUCCCAUUUGCUCCAUCAGUUACUAGCUGAUGCUCACAGAGGCUGCUUUGCCAGUGGGAGGUUUUGGGGAUGUAAUUCCUUUGCGGUUUUUAAUUGAAAGUAAAAAUGGGGAGCUUAGAGUUUACAAUACACUUGUAUCUGUUCCUACAAGGAAGCCUAUUGUUUGCAUACCCAGUAGACCUCAGCCCUCACUGUAGUGUUGCUGGGUUAUGUAGCAUACAUGGAGGGCCCUACCUACACUUUGUGAGACAUUAGCUGCAUGAAAAACCUUGUUUGUCUUUGCAUUGAUUUGUUAACCCAGCAGCUUUUGGCACAUCCACACAAGUGAGCUUUGUAAGUGUAGUUGUACCAGUGCAUUGUGGGAUUCCCAUGAUGGCUAGCAAAGUUGAAGUUGAAAAGUUGGCGGUGUAAAUUAUGCAUGACAUCAUGGAAUCAGGGGGCUUGGCUGAAUUUAUACAACUGUUUUCCCAGCUAUACAAGGAAACAAAUACUGCAGACUGAAUUGGUUCAGCCAGAGCUAAGCUAACCCCCUCAGAUGUGAUGCCAUCGAUGCAGCCCGCUAGGAGGACCACUGCUUGGGAAAGCUGUUGUGUGCAGGAAUGGGGUCUCACAUACUUAAUGUGAUCUAGCGUAGACGAGGCCUUUUGUGUAUGUUGCUGUGAGAGUACAAUUUCAGGGGCCACACGGAGAACUUGCAACUGCCUUCCCUCAUAAAAUUCUUGCUUAUAAAAUUAUAGAAGGGGGAAAAUCAUACUGCAUCCAGAGCAGAAUAUGUAAGUGUUGUUUUCCUGAAAUUCAGAGCUUGGAAAGGCCAAGGCAUCUUUAUUUCCUGUUAAACCUAGGAGCUGUGGUACAACCAUAUCUGGUACAACCUUAUGCAUAGAAUCCCACCCACCCACAGAACCAGUCUCGCUGUUCAAACAAUACCAGUCUGAAAGUUUAAGGCCAAUAGUAAAGUCUUCAUUAUUUGAAUGCCGUUUAUAGUUUGCCCAUGAAAUUGGUUUCUCUUAAUAAUUAAAAGGAAGUUUCUGAGAUCUCUGAUCAGCAUAGGAAUGAGACUAGGCUAAGGAAGGAUAAAUAACUACCUGUGAGGGACAGGACAGGCUUUUUCUUGCUGAAAUGGAGACUUAUAUUUGUGGGUCCCUAUGAGAGCUGAUCGGUCUGAAUCACUGAAGUAGAACAUUCCCCUGAAUUACCUCAUGUAUCUGCAUUUUCCUAUUAAAGACUGUGCCUUGGGGGCUCCAUGUACUGUUCCAAACUGGAACAACUACCAUGCAUAAAAAUCCAUGUAUAGGUCUAGUUUAAAUGUCAAGCAGAUUUCUAAUAUGGCUCAGCAUUGAGGUAGCAUAGAAAGGUCCUUUCCUUCCCUGGGGAAUGGAAAGUAUAGUAGGAUUUCCCCCAUCCCAAUUUGAACUGGAGCCCCAUUUCACUAUUUAAAUUGUGCUUAUUCCUGUGUUUUACAGUCAACUUUCUACUGCUGUAGCUGGGCCCUUUACUUUAACGAAUUCACUCACCAGGAAAGAGCUGCACCAGCUGUUUUCAAGCUUCAGUUAUUCACAAGUCACUGAGUGAAUUCUCCCAGUGGCCUUAUGCUCCACAGAUCAAGGGGAAGGAAACUCUGGGUGCAUCUACAUGAGAUGCUUACUGCGCAUUAGCCUAAUAACACUUGUGCAGUAGUGUGGAGGUUAAAGACCGUCCUAAUAGCCUACUUUACAGUGUUAUUAGACUACUGCACAGUAGCAUCGCAAAAUAAUUGUGCAGUCGUAUUACUGCGCAGUAUCUCUAGUUAUUGCGCAUUCAGUAAAUAAUUAAGCAAGUACUAAACUAAAUCCUCAGUAUCUAAGGCACAUUAAUGAAUGUGUAGAUGUGCCCACUGAGAUCUCUCUCCAUCCAUGUGAAUCUUGGCAGGGAAGGAGAGAGAACAGGUGCCAACGGUAGAUGAUCAGGCCAUGCAGACAAUGGAGAGGGCAGCUGCAGGAUGAAAGCGACCAGUGAAGAUGAUGGCCAUGGGCAUUCAUGAAAAAAGUUGAGUGUGAAGACAGCUGGGCAGACUGAAAGAAAGAGGAAGGGGAGGAACAGGAAAGGAAAGAUGCAUGAUGGAGCUGGGAGCUCAGCCUGGCAGAAGGAGCAUCAGAUGACAGAGGAGGGAUCUGUGCCAGAAAGGCAAGGGUUAUUUUGGAGGGAAACAAGGGAAAGUGGAAGAGGUAGAAGAAGAGUAGUUUGGACACUAGCUUGGGCCUUGGCAGACCCAGGCUCUACUCCCUCUCCUCCUAUAGACUCCUUAGGUGACUUUAGGCAAGUGUCUGAGUGACGCUGUUCUUUCUCCAUACAGCUGAAUAAUAGCAUUGUAUUGUCAGGCAGGGGGUGGGAUGGGAUAGGGGAUUGAGGGGAAUAGGGCAAGGGAGGAAAGCAUUUCAGUGCUAUAUCCCUGGCCAGAUGAGCUCCAAGGGCCUUUCCCAUUUGUUGUUCCUUCUCACAGAUGAAUGGGUUGGAAAACAAAAGUCAAUAUUUGGGUGCUUCAGUGGAGAACUCUCUCUGGUCUCACUGCAGCAGUGAGAGAACCCUGCUCAGCCUCUCUAUGGGGGAAGAGCAGGGGGCAGACUCAAGCUAAAAAUCAUAACAGAGAUUGAACCAGAAAGCUUCUGUAGAAUGUAUGGAAACUGUAGAAACUCACUUGAAAGCUGAUUGGCAUUAAAGAAGAGCCAUAUCCUAAAGGCAAAUGAGAUGGUCCCUAUUACCAGUUGUGUCAAAGUGCUGCAGAAAUCCCCAAACUAGAGGAACUUGUCAAGCAAAGAGAAGGUUUUUUUGCAUGGAAGACAGAUGUCCAGGCAAAUAUUCAAAUAAAUUAAACAAAUUGCAUUUAACCUAGAGACAAUAGCAGCACAGGCAGCCCGCCUGUUGUGCACAAACCCAGUUUAGAAUUACAGUCUCCUUGGUAUGCUCCAGUUAAGUGCAUGGCCUCAGGACUGAAAAAAGAGGCAAUGAACUUACUCAGAGCAUGCACUUACUUAAAUGCAAGGUGUUAUGUCUUCUGGCUCCAGAAUGGUGGAAAGAUUUGAGUAGCCUAGGAGAGAGCAAGUGCGCCAUGCAGCUUAAUGGCUGGUAACUUUAUUGUCCUGAACAGGAACGAAAACUGCAAGCAAACAUGGUGCCUAAGGAGAGAAGAAACAGUGCCAUAUCUAAUGACUAAUGCACAAUACAUCACACAAAGUGAACAGUGCUCAUUAACUACAAGAAGAUAGUUAAUGGGCUACUUCAUUCAGACUCAUUACUUUGUUUCUUAUAGGGCCUUAGCUGUAGUGACAGCCCCUAGUCAACUUCACCAAUUGUGUGCUUACACAGAGCAAGUACAAUGAUGCUGCAAAGCAGACAGUGGAGAAGAGAGUUCUUAGCCCUAUAAACUGUUUAUGCACAUAACUGGUUUGCUGCAUUGUAAGUGAUAGGAAAAAAAUGGGAUUCCUGUCGUGUUAUUCAGUUAAGUGAUUGCUCCACUUAUACCAUCUGCAUAUAAGUGGGCUGCACUGUCCAUUGGAGGUAAGAAGAUAGGAAUUGCCAGGGUGGAUCAGAGCAGGAUACAUAUAGUCCAUGGUGCUGUUUCAGAUAGAAAUCAAUACAAGAUGCUUGUGAGGAAGGUCCUAGAUGAUGUUAUGGAUUAAGAGGCCUUCAACAAUAUUCUCUGGCCCCUUAAAGGUAGAUUAAUGAUUCAGCCCAAUCUUUCUCAAGAACAAAAGUGUGGUGGGACAGGAAGUAUGGGGUGGGGGCAGCUUUCAGGUGAGUGUGAGGCAGCAGUGCAUGCUGGGAAAAGGAAUCAGGAGAUGCCAGAGCUCCUCUUUGCCAGUGGUUGCUGGAUGGAGAAGGGAGUACGUGGGGAGAGCAGGGUGUGACAAGUAGGCAAGGUGCUCUUAAUGUUUCCUUCUGGUAUUCAGUAAGGCCAGACCUGUUGUUGCGCUCCAUACUGAGUGAUCCAAGGGACUGACUGGGUGUCACUCCAGGGAGGAGCUGAGGAGGUGACUACCAAUAUCAUGGAAGAACCAAGAGUUGGGGUUGUUUUUGGGCAAGCUUUUCAUUGGUGCAGGAUGGGAUGUGAGCCCCAGAAGCAGAGUUUGUGGGGAGCUUUGGGCCAGUGGCUGCCUCCUGUCUAGGGUUACGGUAGCUUCUCUGAAGCAGGAUGGGAGGAAAUCUCUCCUUCAUCUCAAGUGUCGAAAGAAGGCUGCUGAGCCUUCAACAGAGGGCUGCAGUUCUGGGAAGGGAGUGUAGCUGACUGACUGGAGCCAAUGGUUUGGACUUUCAUUAUGCUCUAGAACAGGUCGCUUUUUUCUAGUUUAGCUAAAGGCUAAAUUAAAUCAGAAGUCAGGGUCAAUAUACACCUUUACAGACUGAUUAAAUAAGAUAUAUAUAUAUAUUUCUAGAGCACAAGCUUUUGUGAACCCCAGUUUACUUCAUCAGAUGCUGUGAUCUUGAAUGAAGUGAACUUGGGUUGACAAAAGCUUGUGCUCUCUAUACAUAUCUUAUUUCAUGAGUGUAUAAAGGUGCAUAUAUACCCUGCCUUCUGACUGACUUCAGACUAACAUGGCCAAUUACCUCUCUGCUCAUGAAUUAUAUCAGCCGACUAGUUGAGAGGGAAAGUGAGGUGUAGCUGGAAGAGGGAACUGGAGCAACAGGUGUAUCACCAGGGAGAUGAUAAGAGGGUGGUGACAGAAGUUAGCUUUGGGGACAGUUUUCAUCGCAUAUCACUUUUGACCCUGCAUAUCAUCGUUAUAGGUGUUCUCAGCAUUUAUAUAAUAUCCUGCUCUUUUCUGAUGCCCACAAUGUUUGUGGUUUCUCAUGGCAGGGAGUUUGACAGAUCUAAAGGCAAGAUGGACAUACCCCAUUUCCUCUCUUCACCCUGUUCAUUAUUUUUUACAUAUCUGUAUCAUGCUUCUUACUAUGCAGCCUUUUAUAUCUCUCUCCCUCUCUCUCAUUUCAUUCAUCAGACCGUUUCAGAGACCCCCUGUAUUUCUGCGAAAUUGGGUGAAAAGGCUGAGCAGGACAUUCCAGCCUGAGGAGCUCUGGGUGGUGCUUAGGGACCAUCUCAUUGCUUGCUGACUCAAGCCACCCUGAGCUGCUUUGUAUGCAGGGCACCCUGGCCCAGCCCAGGGUCCAGGCAUCCAUGUGGAAGCUUUGGGGCGAAGUUAUUCAGUGCUCAGAAGGCUAGCUUAUUGGUGGGAGGAAAAUUAGGGGUGUUGGUUGUAGCUGUGUUGGUCUAAAGACAUAGGCAGACAAGGUUCUUUAGGUAUGUGAUAUCUUUUAUUAGACCAAGCAUGGUGGUACAGAUUAUUUUAUUAGCUGGAAAAUUUGUUCUUUGCGAGAAGAAUUAGGGAGAACCCAGAAUAAAGGGCAUGGAAGUGAUGCAGCACUGUCCUCUCCUGGCCAGAUUGUAGGAUUACAGCAGUUUGGAAUGCUGACGGGAAGCAAAACCAACCGAGAUUAAAUUAAUCUCUCCCUCACUCAUCUCAAAGCUGCCACGUCACUGGCUUAACAACCCCUCAUUAAUUAAAUAGUUGCAAGUCCAUGUGUAGAAGAGCCUUGGAGAGUUACUGGACAGACUUGGUUCUUCUGCCAUAAAGGGACCAAAUGCUGUCAAGGACCGCUCUGGCAGAGAUCACGUGGCUGUAACAAGAUGAGUCUCUCUUGCUUCUGCAAUGUGGUUGCACAGUGUUUUGUAUCCGCUUCCCACUUGCUUUCAUAGAAUCAUAGAAAAGUAAAGCUGGAAGGGACCUUCUGGGCACGUCCCCAUGAGUGGGAAUGUGCAUUCCCUGGAGACAAGUAGCAGAGAGAAGGACUGUCCGUGGCCUGCCACUACAAAGAUUUGUUAAAAUGCACUUGAGAGACUCAAGGAGGGCUUUGCAGGGCUGUGAACAAGUUCACAGGGAAGUGGUGAUCCAGGAGGCAGUCACAUCCAGAAUGGAAGUGCAGGUAGAGUCAUGAAGUGUCUUGAAGGCCAUGACAAGAAAUCUGACCCAAAGCAGAUCAAAAACCGAAUGCCCACACAGUGACUUGCCUCACAAAAAUAGAAGGUAUGAAUGAAAGGCCACUGAGUUAUUUUGGUUGGGGUUAGGAGGGAGACCAGCUUGUAGGCUGUGUUGGAGAAAGAGGGGGAGAGGAGACAGACAUACCAGUGGAGGGCCAGAAAAAGAUAUGAUUUGGACUGAGGAGCCCAGAAAGGAUUAGUGUUGCAUGGACUGCUGCUAUAAGAGUCAGGAAGGUCAAAGAAGGCAGUUUCAGUUACUAGAAAGAGAGAGACAAUGGGAUCUAGAUGUGUGAUUUUGUUGUCUAGAAAAAAGUGCAGGUGAUUUAAAUUGUUAUAAACAAGACUUGGAAUCCAGUGUAAAUCCCCUCCCACUCUCAAUGUACACCAAGUAUGGGGAAACAAAUUCCAGUGCACGACAGAUGUCAUGUCCAGAGCUCUUAACAUCCAGUGCCUUAGCCUAAUUGCAAUCAGUCUGCGUUUUAGUUGAAUGUGAUUAGGGACAGAAUUUACACUAGCUGCCUGAUUCCAAGCCCCUUGAGACUGGAGAAAAAGUGUCAUUUGGAUUCAGAUUCUGCAGGUUACACCCAGCCUCUAGGGCAUUGCAUUAGGUUUCAACCAGAUAAGUAAACUUUAGUUUUAUGAGCACAAAUAACACAAAAGAAAAAACAAGAUCCCAUCUUAGAGUUUGGUUUCAGGAAGUCAAACACUUUUUGCCCUGUUCUUAAAAAACCUAGCACCUAAAUGGAGACUACGUGUUGUGCCCAUCCCAGAGAAAAGCUGGCUCGCAGAGCUUAUGAACAACGACCAUGGAAGACACAAACUUUCAGGGAUUGUGACCCAGUGAUGUGCCAUGAAGAACAAAAUUGGAACUUAUGCAAGAGCAUCCAGGACUGGCUUGGACUGCAGAGCAGAGUUUGGUCACAUGCCAACAUGCACAGACUUAUCUGCAUAUAGUUGUUCACGUUCACACCUGUAAAAUAGUAUUGGCAAACAGAAAAAUUGGUGUGUCCCCCCUUCCCCCCUCCUGCGUUUCUCUCAGCCACUCCACAUAAUGGAUAAAGCUAAACUAGCGCUUUAGGAUCUUGUCUAGCUACUUCUGUCCCCAAAUCGACUUCCGGCAUCUUUUAAAUGCUGGGAAAUGGCCUCCUUCUAAAUAACUCUUGCAAUGAACUAAUCAGUGUGGACGUGGCACCACUGCCCUCUACUGCAUCAAAUUGGAACUGCUUCGAUGUGGGUCAUAGACGUCACACUGCUGACCGCUAAGCUUCUGCUCUCAUUUUCCCUUUUUCCUUCAAAUGGGUGAAUCUUGAGUUCUGUGGCCACUGAGGUUCAAGAAAGCAUAAUGGUGGCUGUCACAUUCUCAGUAGCCUUGAGCUAUGUACAAUAACACUAUCCUAACAUGAUGUGAGAGGUUAGAAUAAAACCAAGCAGGUCUUCUAGAUGUUGGACUGACCUAGUUCAGGCAAUGUUCUGAUCUCUUUUUACAGCAAUCACUAGCAAAGUUUGGCCCCAAAUCUGAAUUUAUUGGCUAAGAUUUAUUUUCAAAAAUGGCUGUUUGCCAUUAGGCUCCUAAGUCCAUAUUUAGGUAUCCAAAUAAGAGGUCUGAUAUAUUUUUUUCCUUCCAAAAAGCUCAAGGCUUCAGCCAAAGUCUGGUAGAGCACCUAGGUAUAGCGAGAGAUUUUGGAAAAUCACAUCUUCUUGGGUGCCCAAAUGUGUACUUCAAAAUACUAAUGUUGAGCCUCCUUUUAUCAAAAAUACAUAGGCCGUGGUGGAAUUUCCAGGCUACAGGAUUGGGCCUCAUCUAGAAUGAGCUGUGUUCUCAUCCGAAAUAUCAGUGCCUUUACCAAGACACGGCAUUCUGGACUUGGUGGUCGGGCUAGAUCUAAACAGUCUGCCCCCUAUGCCCUUCCAUCCUGCUGCUUUUAUUUUCAGUUGGCUAUAUGUCUUUCACUUCCUGUCCUAAACUGUUAUGUAGUAUCCAUGUGACAUCAGCUGCAUUCCACCCCAGAAGUCACUGCCUUUCAGUGACUUGUGUGUAUAUAUAGUUUGUAAAGAUAUCUGUAAAACUCUUCGGGUCCAAUGGGAUGAAAGAUGCUAUAGAAAUGUGUGAUAUAUUAGGUAUUAUUAAUAACUGUUUAGCUUCUUAGCAAACACAGGUGCAAAAUACUCCUUCCUUGGUACAUAGAACAAAUGUACCUCACUCACAACAGGCUCAGUUCUGCACUGUUACUGGUUUGUGGGGUCAUUUGUCCCUGAGGAGAAGGGGCAUUAAAUACAACUGCUUGAAUCUGGCAGCAUUUUGCAUGGAUGUAAAUGGGGACGUAAGGUGCAAGGCAGGAGGAAUUGGAGAUCUUAGAGCUGCAGCAUGCAUCUUGCUGAGUAUGCACCCCAAAUCUGAAAUACUGAAUCAUGAGGGACCAACCCUUCCCCCACCAACCUGAACCUGACUUUCAGAGGCGUGGAGUGCCUGUAUUUUCUAAUGCCUUCUGGCAUGGCUGGGCACCCAUGCAUGUCUCUGCAAGUCAGAUCCAUAAAGGGCAGCAGGCCAGCUUCUCUUCUCAGAGCAGCAUAACUCCACUGACUUCAGUGAAGUUACUCUGAUUUUACCCCCUGGGGUGGAGGAGGGAACCUGGCUCAGUAUUUCAUGGAUGGGAGGGAUUUGCUCCUUGCAGCUGUGUUGUAAAUAUCAAGCUUUAUAAUCUAUUAUGUCAACCUUGAUGCCUCUAAAAAUAACGUUGCGUUUUGCCCUCCCCCACUGCAGGAAAUAUGCCUCUGAAACAACAUUGUGAGCUCUUGUUGUGACUAAAGGUCCUCAGGCCCAGGGCAGAGAGCAUUCAACUGUGUUUUCCAUUGAUAAUGAAUAGUGAUCAAUUAGUCACAGUGUCUAACUACAAUGCUCCUUUCCAAAUAGCUCUCAACCACUGCUCUGGGUUUGAAGAAGAGACAUAAUCCACAUGUAUAGUUUUCUGUUCUUCCUUAUUUAUUCUGUGGAAGGCCAACAUGAAUUGUACUUCUGUAAAAUGGUAAAUUGUAAAUAACAACGAUCUUUCAACA